GGGUCACUCAAACGCACUCUUCGCGCUCAAUUCUCAAGGUGAAAAGAUAAAACGGUUACAACAAUGCUGCCAACCCCGUAAGAAAGAUGGCGAUUCGAUCAGUAUGUAGUAAAAAUAAUAAUAAUGGCUAUAAACAAUAACAUAACCUAUUGAAGAAUAGUAUACCAACGUGCAGUGUGUGUGCGUGUGAAAAUUGUUGACGCAUUUGUUGAGGGAUAUGGAUAAUCAUAGUGAAGAGAAAAUGGAAAAAAUCGAGUUUAAGAAAAAGAUAAGACAUAAGCCUCUCAGGAAACGUCAACAGGACUCUGAUGAGAGUGAAAAUGAAGAUGAUAAAAAUACCUCUGUCCGGAAUAAAGUCGAGGAGAUGAAGACGAUUCAAAAAUUGAGGCAACGACCUAAUGGAGUAAAUAUCAUUGGUUUAGCUCUUGGAGAACAAGGAACUACAGACGCAACUAAUCCUUCAGAUCCUUUCAACACUAAAUCCGGAGGAAUGGUCAACAUGAAAGCCUUGAAGAAUUCAAAAUUCAAGCAGGAUGAUGCCUAUGAUACUGGCAUAGGCACACAAUUCAAUGCUGAGACGAAUAAACGUGAUGAGGAUGAGGAAAUGGUUAAAUAUAUUGAGGAGGAACUAUCGAAGAGGAAAAAUACAACGAGUAAUGAUCCGUCGAAUAGUCAAUCUGGUGGGAGGAAUUACUGUUCACCUGAGGAGGCUGCCCUCCAGGCUGUUCCUGAACAUUUGAGACAGAGUUCUGCUCACAGGAGUGAGGAGAUGUUGUCGAAUCAGAUGCUAUCAGGGAUACCAGAAGUCGAUUUGGGAAUAGAUGCAAAAAUAAAAAAUAUUGAAGCUACGGAGGAGGCGAAACAAAAAUUGUUAUGGGAGAGACACAGGAAAAAUGAUGGACCAUCGCAAUUUGUUCCGACCAAUAUGGCUGUUAAUUUUGUACAACACAAUCGAUUUAAUAUUGACGACGGAAAAGUGAAGAACGAUGGAGUGCGAGCUGAGAAAGCUGACCCGAAGGAGGAUCCAAAAGGCAAAAGAAAAGAGAGCAGCGAAAAGGCAACCGAUGAUUACCAUUACGAAAGAUUCAAGAAACAAUUUCGAAGGUUCUAGAUCAGUCUAUAACUUAACAAUUCUGAUCUCAUCAAAUAAAAAAAUUUCUUGAUACAUUCAGUGUUGUAAAAUUGUAAAUACUAAAAUAAAUAGAUUUUGUUAA